UCACUUUGAUUUCAGACAUGCCUAUGCCCACGCAAUGAGGACCAAUAAGUAUGACAAAAAAUAGGUCGCAUGAUUUGAAAGUAUUACCUAGAUACAUUGACCAUUCUUAGAUCCAUGCAAAAAUGAAGUGUUCCAAAAAAUUGUUACUUUUUUGGUCAUCGUUCAUGCUAUGUGUUGGAGUCUCAUGUAACAGUGAAAAUCAAAAUCUAAAGGUAAAUUUGGCAGCUGGAAAAUAUAAAAAUUGGACCAUAUCGUUCACGGCCGAAUACCAGGAUCAAUAUGAUUUGAAGGAUAUAUACAAAUUCGUUUCAAGGAACUACAAUUACUAUUUAACCACCGAAAGAAAAUCUAUGACGCCAGAAUCUCCAUAUAUUUCAAAAAUAAAAAGGGCUUGUUAUGCUCCCAAUAAAUCCACUGUAGACGAAUUCUCUGAGAUAUUAGUCGAAUGUGCCGGAAAGAAUGGAACUUAUAAUUUAAUUCAAGCUGCUCAUGUCGGGAAACCUGGGUUGAAGUUGAUGAAAUCAUUGAGGAUUGGGCCUGAAGACGAAGUAUUAUUCGCAACUUUCUCCAAAAGUAAAACGAAUAAUUCUAACGAAUCUACUGAUGAUAGUGCCAUUUGUAUUUAUUCACUAGACGCGAUAAACGAAAAAUUUACAGAAAAAAUUCGCAAUUGUUUUGGUAGCGUGGCAAAUUCUGAGUUGGAUUUUGUAUUGAGCGAAAAAAAGUGUGUUGGAACAAUUUCAACAGUUAAUAUUGCUGCAGAGUGUAUUCGAGGGGCAACCAAUUCGCGUUUUGAUGGAAAUGAUCGUAUUACAAGUUCUCCUCUGUCCACAUUCACUACACUUCCGACAGAUAUCAUAAGUGCGAGGAAAGAAACCCACACUGUUAUAUUUAUCGGUACAAGUCACGGAUAUUUGAAAACGUGUAUAACAAAUGAUACAAAAUCUUUUAUCUACUUAUGUAUAAAUUGGGAUAUUGAUAACAAUUCUUCGGUAUAUUUUGAUUCACAGCUUUCUUCAGACGAAUCAAUUGUAUUCAGGAAUACUAUGAAAGGUGGUGUCAUCAAGAAAAUCAAUGUACCUGAAAUACCCUGCCUAAUAUUCACAACUUAUGAUAGUUGCUUGCAGUCGGAUAUCAAAUUGUGUGGCUGGUGCGCAUUAUUCAAUUUUUGCGCGGAGAAAUUUGUAUGUACUCAAAAUCCGAUCCAUAAUGGGGUAUGGCUUGAUUAUGAUUUUCGAAAGGACACCAAAAUUAUUUAUAUCAAUUCAAGAUCAUUUGAAAGAACUUCCGAUGAAAUUAUUGAAAUGAUCAUUGAUAAGAUACCCUCAAUCUUCAACAUACCCUCAAUCUUCAACCAAUCUAAAUGUACUUUUGAAAUUGGGAAUAAAAUUUACACCACAUCUUUCACGUUAAAUCAAUCGACUGCCAUUUGUCCCACUCCGUCAGCUAAUACAAUUUCAACAAUGCCACUCGAUUAUGAUCAUCUCAACGCCACUUUACGAAUCGAAACUAACUUCAUUCCGAAUAUUGCAAGCAUAAAUAUAACAUUUUUUGAUUGUAGAACGUAUGUCUCUUGUGAUGAAUGUGUCUCCUCGUCAUCGAAUCGCAAAUGUGGUUGGUACAUUAGAAAUGAAACAUGUAGGCCUAAAUAUCUAAUGACAUGGAAGAACGAAAAUGAGAAUGUUGUGACUGGCAACAAUUCAAAUUGUCCUCCAGUAAGCACAUCCCUCAAAACCAAACAUGACACUCAAAGCUGCAGUGACACUCGAAGCUGCAAUGAAUCCAAUACCUAUGAUGAAUGCACAUCAUGCAAUCUGCCCAAUUAUAAUUGUGGAUGGUGUCUUAAGAGAAAUAAAUGCUCUUUGAGAAAUGAGUGUUCAAGUAGACUAUGGUUAUCAUGGAUCACCUUCGAAUUACGAACGUUAUUUUCAAUCCAUAUCGACCAAACAGAUUUCUCAAUCAGUAUAUUGCAUCACAAAUACUUACCCAAUGUAAGAUCAAAACCUUUACAGUUAUCCCUGUUUGUUCCAGACUUGGACUUUUCAAAAGAUGAAUUUUAUUGCAAACUUACCUUCGAAACUCUGAAUUCAUCUUUUAUCACAAAUACUACUGUCAUUAAAAACACAAACACAAAUUACACGGUAAUGUGUGAGACUCCCAUCCUCAACAGAAGGCUUUCAAUACCACCCUUCAACCAUUUUAUAAAUGCAAAUUUAACAAUCGAAUUACCCCAUAUCCCCAAUAUUUGCAACACAUCCAUCUUAUUUUUCGAUUGCAAUUCAUAUAAUUCAUAUAAAACUUGCAUAUCUUCCAACUUUGAAUGUCAGUGGUGCCCAAAUGAAAAAAUAUGCACAUUCAAUGCAACCAAUCCAUGUAAAAUCAAUACUAAGAUGUGUCUCAAUUCACUACCACCAAUAAUUUCAUCCAUCAAGCCCGUAGAAGGCCCAUGCGAAGGUGGCACCAAUCUCACAAUUCUUGGUGAAAAUCUCGGGUGUACUUUUGAAGAUAUUUCUCGCAGCAUUAUCAAAGUUGCAGAUAUACCUUGCAUUCCUCUCAAAGAAAACUAUGUACCUACAAAGAUGAUAGUAUGCCGUAUCAAUGGAUCAACUCCAGAGGAAAAUCUUGAAGGACCAGUUGAACUACAGAUGAAUAAAAGUCUUUCUAAAUCUCAACAGAAGUUUAAAUUUGUGAACUCAAAAAUCAAUGACUUUUUUCCGAAAAAAGGAUUCAUAUACGGUGGUACUGAGGUAACCUUCAUAGGUGAACAUCUGGAUGCUGGAAGAUCAGUUGAAAUUUCAGUUGGCAACGCAUCAUGUCCGUUGAUUUAUCGCACCGCAAAUGAACUGAAAUGUAUCACUGGCCCAUCAGCGGUUGCAAAGGAAAGUGAAAUAAUCGUGAAAUUUGAUAAUAACAUUCGCAAGCCUAACAACAGCACAUAUAACUAUAUUAAAGAUGCAGAACGCGAUGAAAAUGGUUAUAACACUGCACCAAAAGGUAUCCUUUCCGGAGGUGUUGAAAUUCUAAUCCGUAAUAUAACAUUCACAAGCACAACAUUGAUUACAGAAUUUCAUUUUAUAGUGCACAUCAACAACACAAAUCAUUGUAAUAGCUCGUGUGUAGUUCGAAAUGAUUCUACAGCAACUUGUCAGUCACCAUACAUUCCAGACAUAGAUAGAUCUUCUUUUAGUUCACAGAAUCCUGUUAAAUUGGAAUUUUCCCUAAAACAUCAGACAGCAAAAGUUCGGAUUAUUCCCAAUACCUCUAAUAAUUCUACGAAGUUCACCUUAUAUCCUGAUCCUGAAUUCUAUUACUUUUUAAACUCAUCGGUGGAAUUCAAUGAGAAAACAUACGUCAUUAUUAAAGGACGACAUAUUGACUUGGCGUGCCAAAAAUCAGACAUAAAAUUAGAAGUUGGUAAUGAAACUUGCACUGUAAUAUCACUGUCUUCCAGUCAAGUCGUCUGCUCCCUACCAAAAUCCCAGGUAAAGGAUUUUGAUGGAGACUUUAAUGAUGAACAUGACAUCUUGACUGAACUUGAAAAUAUUACAGUACUAAUUGGCGAUCAUUUUAGAAAAAUAGUCCCCAAACAGCAACAAUUUUCUCCUGUGAAACCUAAUAACCAGUCUGAAAAUCACAUCCUACCUAUCAUAAUCAUUUGCAUGGCAAUACUGUGUAUAUUUGCUCUAAUUUUAUGCAUUUAUCAUUUUCACUAUCGUCGUAAUACUUCGGUAAAAAAUUCACUAGCACUGAAGGAGAUGCAACAACGUAUGAACAAAAUGUGCAUCGAGUCGAUAGCUUUAAAGCAAAGCAUUAAGCAAGUUAUCAUUGAAAAACAAAUUGAGCUGGACAAAGAUGUAUCAAGCAUAUUGAAAUUACCCAAUAUCUCAAUUGUUGAUGCCGAAGAUUCAAGAACUACAGCUAAAACAUCAUCAGAGACAGAAUACUUGUUGCCAUUUGAUGGAAAAUGGGAGUUCCCAAGAGAGAAUUUAUCUCUUGGAAAUGAUUUAGGAGAAGGUGAAUUUGGCAAAGUGGUUCAAGCAGAGGCGUUAGGAAUCUUGCAGAAAACUGUUGUCACCAUCGAUUUAGUCUCUGAAAUGGAGUUGAUGAAACUGAUUGGUGCACAUGUCAACGUUCUGCAGCUCUUGGGGUGUUGCACUCAAGAUGGUGAUCUACUUAUCAUUACUGAAUUUGCUCCACAUGGAAAUUUACGGGACUUUCUUAGGGGUCAUUUACUUUCUGUCAAGAAUAAACACACAUUAAGCAAUUUAUCUCAGAAUGAUCUGCUAAUGUUUGCUCAACAUGCAGCUAAAGGAAUGGAAUAUUUGGCCUCCAAAAAAUGUGUGCACCGCGAUCUUGCUGCGCGAAAUGUUCUAGUGUCCAAUAAUUACAUUAUAAAAAUAGCGGACUUUGGCCUCGCAAGGGAUAUUCGUAACAAAGACUACUACCGGAAGGAAAAGAAAGGCAGAUUACCAGUGAAAUGGAUGGCUCCUGAAGCACUUGGCCAUGGUCUUUACUCAACGCAAUCUGAUGUAUGGUCGUACGGUGUAUUACUUUGGGAGAUUCUAACGUUGGGAGCAACACCUUAUCCUUCAUUCCCAGAUUUAGGAAAAUUAUUCCAGGCUUUACAUUCAGGCUAUAGAAUGGAAAAACCCCCUAACUGCUCUGUUAAGCUGUACAGUCUAAUGCACAAGUGUUGGAGUUACGUGCCGGAAGACCGUCCUUCAUUCACAAUGAUUGCCAAUGCUUUGGAGGAUAUAUCAUCAAAGAAUGCCAAUGAUGAGGGACUCCAGCGUUGUAAUGUUUAUUGGCCGCAGAGACCCGAGUUUAGUUCAAAUGAUGUAGAAAAUCUAGCAGAUCUUUUACAAGAAUGAACAAUUUACAAUGUUUUGCAAUGAGUGUUAUUCACGAGGUUAUACUUAUUAGUUACCUACAUAUCUUGAGAAACGUAAGAACAAACCAUGUUGGGGAUUUCGGCCGAAUUCAGUGGAGACCUUCAUUUUGAGUUGAGAAAAAAUAGGGCCCUCGGAGGUCCCCUUUUUUCUCAAAUAGGCUACAUAUUUGGCUUUAAUUGUGCUAGUACCUAUAUAGAAAGAUAUAAUUUUUGAAAUUUGAGAAAUAUUUUGGAACGCAGUGGUGCCAACUUUCUGGUCGUUAUUGUCAAUUUUAAACAAUCAAGAAAAGUAGCUAAACAGUUGAUAGGUAAAUUUCGGCUUUUGAAAUUGACAAUAAUGACCAAAAAAUUGACAGUGCUGUGUUCUAAAAUAUUUCCUCAAUUUCAGAAAUGAUAUCUUUCGAUGAUUUGGCCUGAAUGCGAAAUAUUUUUGAGAAAAAAAAAUUUCAAAACACGAAUUUCCCCCAGAAAUAUAAACAAUAACCCUAAACGUGAUCUUAAAUUUUGACAGUAAUGGUAUAAUUCGACGCAGAAUUUCAAAUACUAUACGUACUAUUUUGGAAUUGAGUCAUUUCUGAAAACCCAUGAAUUUUUCAUAAAUACAUCUCCUUGAAGACUCAUAUCUUCCCACCAGUAGCACUUCCGGAUCUAAAAUUUUUUUCUGAAUGGGAACGGCUUUCAACUCAAAAAGAAGAUCGCCACUGAAUUUGGUCAACAGUUUUGGACAUUCUUUUUCUAUAUCAACCCUAAUGUAUAGAAUAGAUUCAUGUCCUGUGGUAGUGCAUACGAGUAUAAUUUGUCAUCUCCAGUACGCAUAAUUAAAUGUAUCAGUAGAAUUGUGUAUAGAAUUAGGUAUCUGUAAUUUUGUAUUCAAUUGAUAAUUGUAAAUAAUAUUCAAAAUCAUUAUACGCCUACCUACCUACAUAAUGUAUAUUCACUUGGAUAACAUCCUAUUCACAUAUAAAUAGAUGUUUGAAGUCAGAA